GUGUGUACAAGAGAAACGAACUUGGCAAAAACAAAAUUUCUGUGUUUUGUCCCAAGUUCUACAAAUAAAUCGUAUAAAGUGUCAUAUUGCUGGUCACACAGUCAUACUUUGAUUUUCUAUUGAGAUGUCAUAAAGUUCAUUUCAAACAGAGUUUUUUUAAUCAAAAAUAUUAAAAAUGAUUUUUAGAUAAUUAUAGUGACAAUUUUCUUACACGGAAGAUCAAUUCAUUUGAAUUCGUCGGUAGCUUGAACGGUGAUAUUUUUGUGAAGUUCGAUCGAAAAAUCGCUGAUAAAAAUUCGGUUUUGCCUGGGUGCGGCGGUGCGUCCGUUUGUGUGGCACACAACGAACCAUUUGCAAAAAAAGAACUCGUUCGUCGUUCCUCUUGGUGUGCAUUAGUGUGAGCCAUACAGAUUUUUUUUUUCGAUUAUUUCUUUGAUCGAAACGUUUUUCGGGUGCUGUGUUGAAAAGUUUUGAAGAACAAAAAUGGAAAAGUUUCCGUCAGGAAGUGAUUCACGAGAUUUAGCACUUGGGUGUGGCUCAUCUUCUGUUGUAUCACAGAUUACCCUUAAUAUUACCACAACGACGGGAGGCAAUUUUUCUGUUGUGGUCGAAAGUCAAAUUACGGUCGAAAGUUUGAAGAAAAUCAUAGCAAAGAAACUGAAAGUGGCCAAAGAUCGGAUUUGUUUACUGCAUCGUGAAAAAGAAUUACAAGAGGGGACAUUGAAGGAUAACGGACUCAUGGAUGAAUCGAAAAUCAUCUUGAUACCAAAUGUCGAAACCGGUUUAUUGGCACAACGACCAGAAAAUACCGUCAUGCAAGCAUUGGAAUCGUUGAAUGAUUCACAAGUCAAUGACUUUUUGAGUGGAAAAACGCCACUGAAUUUAAGCAUGCGACUUGGCGAUCAUAUGAUGCUGAUUCAACUGCAGUUGAGCACGGUCAAUCCAUCAAGUCCAUCGCAUGCAGCUCGAACGAAAAAUUCAAUUAAAUCGAAAAUUUCAGCAGCACAAUCAUCACAUCCAUCGGCAACUAUCAGUCACACCGAAACCGUUACUACGGAGACCACUCAACGGUCGCGUUCGAAUUCAAUUGAUCUGAGCGAAAGUAACACAUCGAUUUCGACGUCUAACACUGAUCUAGCUACUACAACCGAAACACCGUCAACCGCUCGCCAACGUGACCUAAUUCUCACUAGUCGCCAACUCGAAGACUUGAAAAAUAUCGUCCAUUCUUUAUCAAACAUGCAGCAACAGCAGCAGCAACAACAACAAUCGAGUGACGAUUCUAGUUUCGAAAGUGACUCAUUGCUGGAACAGUCUCCGAUAAAAUCAUUAUCAAAUCUAGUCUCCAGUCCCAUUAAAACGAUACCGAUAAAAAGCAUUCCCAUUGCCGACUUUGCCGCAUCAACCAGCAACGCAACCGAUCCGAUUACAGCCAAACUUACCUCGUGCUUAUGCAAACGAUUAGAUUCUAACAGUAACUCAAACGAAUGCGAUUCAAAUUGUCAAGUACAUUCUAGUGUUCGUGACCAGCCUCAGCCAUCCACAUCAUCCUUGGAGCAUAACUACAGCAGUAGCAGCAAUAGCAACGGGCCACCAAAGCCUCUGCGCUCACCAUUGUUGCAUCGUACCAUAAACAAUCCGAUUGCUAAGUCGAAGCAACGGCAGUUCACGAACGCCUAUUUGCGGCGAUCGAAAAGCUCCGACAACAUUCGAAGUAACGAAUCAACACCGUCAACAAGUACAACCGCCGGUCAAAGUAAUUUUCUGGCCGACUCGAAUCCAGGUGAUGCUCCAGUAGGACUGAAUGGUGGCGAUACGAGAGCACUAGCUGAAGCGUCCAGGAAUCUAACUCAAACGUUAAGAAAAUUGUCGAAAGAAGUGUUCACAAACAAAGUCGAUGUGGCCGAAGAGAAUCAACGGAAAAAUGCGAAUGGAUGUGGUGCCGUUAUCGAGUCAAUGAAGAACCACGGCAAAGGUAUUUACUCAGGGACCUUUUCUGGCACAUUGAAUCCAGCACUACAGGAUCGAUACGGUCGACCGAAACGCGACAUUUCAACGGUUAUUCAUAUUUUAAAUGAUUUGCUGAGCGCCACGCCACAAUACAGUCGUGGAGCACGAAUCAGUUUCGAGCCAACGCCUAACAGAGCAAUCAAGCAGGCACCGACCCGGACGACUUUCCAAAAAGACACAAUAUGCACCAAAUGUUCAACAACCAGGUCUCUAAACUGCAUAUACGGUGAAUGCACUGGUCAUUCGACUGAUUACUAUUGUGAUAAACAUAGACCAAUUAACGAACCAACAAGCACCAUUCAAAUGCCAUUAUCAAGCUGUCGCUGUGCACGCAUCCUUAAACUGGACGAAUCAUCAAACGACAGUCUAAAUAGCAGCGAUUGCCAAUGUCAAUUUCGUUCAUUCGAUCCGACCGCUCCCGAAGAGGCCACGUCGAACAGUGGCAUCGCCGACCUGCUGUGUGUUCAACCGGUGAAACAAGUGUGUAUAAAGUGUAGCAGCAUAGAGCAGGAGAAUAGCAAAACGAAAAGUAAAUUGGACCAAUUGCGUUUGGUGAUGCGGCAGAAGAAGGAGCGUCGUGAAGCGCGCAAAUUGAAAAGUACACCGUACGGCGACAAAGAUUCGCGUACGGCAAUCGUAGCGCUGGCUGGCUCAUCGAAUUCGUUAUUAAAUAAUAGUACAAUAACCUCAACGAUCACGUCGCAGCAGCAACAACAGCAGCAGCAGCAACAACAACAUCAAGAACAACAAACAACCAAUCACAAUUUAGUGGAAGAAGUUGACACGGCAGCGUAAGCGUUCACUGCAAAGAGUUUUUUUUUCUUUGUUUCAAAUUUAAAUUAUUUUCUGUUUCGUUAAAACAAGAUUAAAAAAAAAUCAAUAAAAUCCGGGUCUUACAUCCGAUGAUCGUUUUAACACGUUGCCGGUUAUUGGGACUUGUCAACUUUAGGCACACCGGAAAGUGCUAAGGGAGUCGAGGAAUACCUCCAAAUAAAUUUCUAAAAAUCAAAAAUUUGACUUUUGAUUUUUAGAAAUUUAUUUGGAGGUAUUCCUCGACCCCUUAAGCACUUUCCGGCGUGCCUAAAGUGCCUGCUCGAGCAUUACCCCCUACGUGUUAAUUGUGAUUCAUUUUUAAUCUUUUCUUUAAAUAUUUUAGUUGUUGUAUUUUGUGUUGUUUUCGUUUAUCAUUCAUUCGAUUCAAUUUUACUGGCAGGGGACACUCAACCGACUCAAAUGUCAUGCAAUUCAAUCGAUCAAUCUCAACGACACGCGUUUUGUUUCCGUACAAGGUACACGUCAAAAUGCCGUGUCCGUUUCCAAUUUGACACAGACAGUGCUUCCGUAGAGGUAUGUCGUAGCGAACUAUUGUCGGAAUGAAAGGAUUUAAAUGAGGUCAUUCGAAUAGUGUACUCGUUGAAAUAGAAAAAAAAGAUUUUUUGAUCAUCCCCUGUUCCACGUUGUUUGGAAAGAAUCGACAGCAUUAUGUUCCAGUCCGGCAUCUCUUUCCGCGUUUUUUGUUACGGUGCGCAUUUUGAAUUUGACAAAUAGCCCCUGGGUGGUUCAUCGAAACGUGUAUACUGUACAGUUCGCUAAGAUUUGAAUUGAUAAAACGAUUUAAAAAAAAUGCCGCUCCACUUAGAUGGGCAAUUUCAAAAAAAAAUUCCUUAAAAGCAUACUUGUGAUGAGAAAGAAAUUCUGCUCAGGAAAAACAUUAUCGAUUGACAAAAGAUCGCUUGUGCGUCAGCAAGCAAAAUUACAAACAAAAACAGUUUUAAAAAAAUCCGCGGUCGUGGUAUUCGAUUCGGAGUGAAAAAAUGUUGUAGCGACUCCAUUGUUAUACGGGUAUUUCAUUUUAUGUUCAAAUUAUGUUUUCGUUUUUUUUUAAAUAAUCGAUCGAUCGGUGAUACCGGAACCGGAUACUUUUUAGUUGAAUUGACUGACUGACUGUGUGCAUAUAUAUAUAUACGUAUCGGUCCAGAUGUCAUCACAUAUUGGACAUAACACAUUUCUAACGUAAUUUGUUUUGUUUUGUUUCUUUGUUUUCCAACCAAAAUCUCGCUGUAGAUAUCAGAUUGUUCUGUUAAAAACUGUAGUCUCGACAAAAAAGAAAUAUUUGCUUAUAACAUAACCAAGUACAUAAUGGCUCUGGAAAGCCAUUAAGGUUUUGAUUUAACAAUUUUGUUUUUUUUUUACAAAAUGAACAAAAAAAACACAUUUUAACGAAAUUGUAAAUUAUUGUAAACUAUAAAAAAGUGAAGAAAAACUACUGAUGGCAUGGCGUCAUUUCUUUUCUUUAUAUAUAAAUACAGUUUGAGCAACAAACAAUUUUAUUGACGCCGUGGUUAUUAAUACUAGUUUGGAUGGAGAUAGUAUCUUGGAUCUAAUUUGUGUGGCCCAUAGAGUUAAAAAAAAGAAGAAAUUUAAAUUUAGGAAUGAAAUUUUGUUUUCAAUUUAUUUGCUCGUUGUUCCUUGUCACUUAACUCAGUUAUAAUAUAAAUAAUUCGUGUGAAAAAAUUAAAUUGGAUAAAUACUAACAAAAAAAUCUGAAAUGUUCAAGCACUCUCACCACCGGUUCGAUAUUUGCACCUUAACUUUGUCACCUUCUAAAAUUUAUUUUUGAUAUUAGCCUGGCAUUUAGUUUCACUUGUUUCUUUGUGAUAUUAAAUAAGAAAACGACGAAGAGAUCGUUUUCGAAAAAUAUAUUUCCUUUUUAGAAAAACACUUUGUUUAGACUUGGGACAUGGUGAUCCAAAAAUAUGUACGCUGCUUGUCGGUCAAUAAGUUAAUCACAUUGAGAUAAUUCCAGGAUCGGACUGGCUAGCCAAAGACGUGUCGGGUUAUCUGCUAGGGAAAAGGAUAAACUUUAGGAAUUGACGCGAAUUCUGUUCGGAAAAUGCGUUAGUAUAGGAAUUUUAAGUAAGAAAAAUUCAAUGAGGCCAUGUGGCCAGUCCGCAGAAUUCAGUUAAAACUUAAAUAAGAAAUAUUUGGAUUGGUUCGUCACAGUAAUGUGGUUGUUCGUUGAAUAUAUUGUUAGUUUAACUAUAAUUUUGUAGACAAUCACCAUCUAUUACAUUUCAUUGCACCCAUCCAAACAAAUUACAACUUUAAAGUUAAAAAAAAAUCAAAAAAUUUGUUUUGAAAAGCUUUGGUGCACUUAUUGAAUUGUUGUUUAAUUGAAAAAUUGUCAGCGUCCCUCGUAGUGGGGGAAAUCGAAUUAAAAAUCUUUUUUCAAUCAUCUUAAUUCUUCAACACGUCAAAACAAAAACAAAAAAUUGUUGUGCCAAAUGUAACCAAGGGCAAAUAUUGAUAACAUUCAUUACGUAAUUUUGUGUGUUCUACUAAAAAAAUAUUUUUAAAAUUAAAUUAAAUUAAAAAAGGAAGAAAAAGUUACCGUCAAAUGCAGAAAAUGUUAUGGAACUUAAGAAAGAAAACGCUCGGAAAACAUAUCUCCCACUUAAGUGUAUCACCAGAAACGGUAAUCCGGGGAAAUGGCAUUGUUAAAAUAACAAAAAAUCAAAGAAAUUCAAAGUUUACACGGUGUAUUUAAUCACAUAAUUUUAAAUUUAAGUUGUGUGAGUCUAAAUUCGUUUCGUUUUAGGUGGUAGUUUAUAUUUAAAAAAAAAAACACACACAAUUUCGUACGAGAUUUUUUUUUGGUGAGUGUGAUGUUCUAAUCGAAGCUUAUAAAAGUCACCGGUGUUUCAUUUUCUCUCUCUCACACACACACAUAUGCAUUAAAAAGGACUCUUGAAUUUACACAAAUUUGAACCAAAUUAUUGAACUUAUAAUGUCAGUGUUCCGGCAAUGUUUUAUUUGCUGGGACCCGCGAGGAGCUAGUAUUAGAUUGUCGAAGUAAAUAAUAAAAAAUAAAUAAAUUAAA